GGGGAGGAUUUGCAGUCUGGAAACUGAAACCAAACAUCACAUCAGGAUCUGACGGAGUCGCCCAAUUUAUCAAAACCUGAAUAUCAUUGGAUUUUGAACAUGGAAGGAAAAAGCACCGUUCACAGUGGGGAGAAACCGUACACGUGUUCUGUGUGUGGACGAGGCUUCAGCCGAUCAUCUGACCUGGCAGGACAUAAAUGCAGUCACACUGUAGAGAAACCAUGGAAAUGUGGGGACUGUGGGAAGGGAUUCAAAUACCCAUCUGACCUGGAAAAGCAUCAGCGCAGUCACACUGGGGAGAGACCAUUCACCUGCUCCACAUGUGGUAAAGGAUUCACUCAGUCAUCCCACCUGCAGAAACACCAGCGAGUUCACACUGACGAGAGACCUUUUAAAUGCCCAGACUGUGAGAAGUGUUAUAAAAGUUCCGGGGAACUGAUGUUCCAUCAACGUGUUCACGCUGAUGAGAGACCGUUCAGAUGCUCUCACUGUGGGGCUGGGUUCAGGCGAUCAUCUCAACUCAAUGAUCAUCAGCGAGUUCACACUGAUGAGAGAUCAUUCAGGUGCUCUCAGUGUGGGACUGGGUUCAAUACAUUAUCCGGCCUCACUGUGCACCUGAGGAUUCACACUGGGGAGAGGCCGUUCACCUGCUCCCAGUGUGGGAAGGGGUUCACUCAGUCAUCCCAUCUGCUGACACACCAGCAACGUGUUCACACUGAUGAGAGACCUUUCAGGUGUUCUCACUGCGGGACUGGGUUCAGGACAUCAUCUCAGGUCACUGUACACCAACAAAUUCACACUGGGGAGAGGCCGUUCACCUGUUCCAAGUGUGGGAAGGGAUUCACUACCUCAUCCCACCUGCUGAAACACCAGCGAGUUCACAAUGGGGAGAAACCGUGCAUGUGUUCUGUGUGUGGACGAGGCUUCAGCCAAUCCUCUGACCUGUCGAAACACAAGUGCAAUCACACUGGGGAGAAACGAUGGAAAUGUGGGGAAUGUGGGAAGGGAUUCCAUUACCCAUCUGAACUGGAAACACAUCAACGGCAUCACACUGGGGAGAGACCAUUCAUCUGCCCAGACUGUGGGAAGGGAUUCACUCAGUCAUCCAACCUGCAGAGACAUCAGCGAGUUCACACCUGGGAAAGAGCUUUUAAAUGCCCAGAGUGUGGGAAAUGUUUUAAGAGCUCCCAGGAUCUGAAGUACCAUCAACGUGUUCACACUGACGAGAGACCGUUCAGGUGCUCUCAAUGUGGGACUGGGUUUAGGCGAUCAUCUCAACUCACUGUACACCAGCGAGUUCACACUGGGGAGAGACCGUUCUCCUGCUCUGAGUGUGGGAAGGGAUUCACUCGGUCAUCCCACCUGCUGACGCACCAGCGAAUUCACACUGGAGAGAAGCCGUUCACUUGCUGCAUGUGUGGGAAAAGAUUCACUCAGUCAUCUGACCUGCAGACGCACCAACAAGUUCACAGUGAUGAGAGACCUUUUAAAUGCCCAGAGUGCUGGAAAUGUUUUAAAAGUUCUGGGGACCUGCUGCACCAUCAACGUGUUCACACGAAUGAGAGACCGUUCAGGUGCUCUCACUGUGGGACUGGGUUCAGGCGAGCAUCUCAACUCACUGUACACCAGCGAGUUCACACUGGGGAGAGG